CACCGAAAGAUGUGGCUGAGAAAAACAGCAGAUAACUGACACCCGAUCUGUUUCAGUUCGGUCCGAACAAAAAAAUAAAAAUCUUAACCCCUCCUUGACCAUAUUAUUUUCCUCUCAAUUCACCAUUGACGAUUAGGGAAGAAGAAAGCUAUGGCGGCACCGAUUGUUAACGCUGAGUACGUUAAAGAGAUCAACAAGGCUCGUCGUGAUCUCCGCUCAAUCAUCUCGAGCAAGAACUGUGCUCCGAUCAUGCUUCGAUUGGCAUGGCACGAUGCUGGAACCUAUGAUGCACAGUCGAAGACAGGGGGACCUAAUGGGUCUAUAAGGAACGAAGAGGAGUACACUCAUGGUGCUAAUACUGGUUUAAAGAUCGCUCUUGAACUCUGUGAGGGAGUGAAGGCUAAGCAUCCCAAAAUCACAUAUGCGGAUCUAUACCAGGUGAUUAUGAUAUUUAGCUUAACCUAUAUCAUGUACUUGUUGUUGCUUUGCCUGCUCAGUUACUUUAUGCUGCACGUGUCUCAUAUGCUCCUCCCAUGUUUAGGCAAAUUUCUGCUUGCUGGUGUGGUAGCAGUGGAGGUUACUGGUGGACCUGACAUCAGUUUCCAACCUGGGAGAAAAGAUUCAAAUGUUUGCCCUAGGGAAGGAAGACUUCCUGAUGCUAAAAAAGAUUUCCAACAUCUUAGAGAUGUCUUCUACCGCAUGGGAUUAUCUGAUAAGGAUAUUGUAGCACUCUCAGGGGGUCAUACUCUGGGAAGAGCUCAUCCAGAGAGGUCUGGCUUCGAUGGACCUUGGACUCAAGAGCCUCUGAAGUUUGAUAACUCCUACUUCGUGGAACUGCUAAAAGGAGAAUCCGAGGGCUUGUUGAAGCUUCCAUCUGACAAGACUCUAUUGGAAGAUCCAGAGUUUCGUCGCUAUGUUGAGCUUUAUGCUAAGGAUGAAGAUGCAUUCUUCAGAGACUACGCAGAAUCUCACAAGAAACUCUCUGAGCUCGGUUUCAACCCCAACGCCUCCGCGGCCAAAGCUUGUUCAGACAGCACUGUUCUGGCUCAGGGAGCAUUCGGGGUUGCUAUUGCGUCUGCGGUCGUUGCCUUGAGUUACUUUUACGAGAUCCGAAAGAAGAUGAAGUAAAAAGAGCCACGAAGCAAAAGAUUAUCUUAUCUUUGCAUUAAUGAAUACUAUCAAUCAUCUUAUAGAACGUGUACUGCUGCUACAAAGAUGUUAAAACUCUUUAAUCCAGGUCAUACUAUGUUGUAGUAAAAAAGACUAAGUCAAUGGUUUGGUUUCAUGACUG